UUCCAAUGUACUCUCUGUCAGAAACAGUUCGGCUACAAAAACGGUUUAAUACGACACGUCAGACUUACACACGUUGGGGAAAAACCUUACCAAUGCAACAUUUGCAACAGGAGAUUUGGGUACAAACACAUUCUUAUGGAACAUCAAAAUCUUCAUUUUGGAAAUAGACCCUAUGCUUGUGUUCAAUGCGACAAACGCUUUGCUGCGCGAUCAAAUUUGAUUCAGCACAGGACAGUCCACAAACGACCAUACAAUUGUUCGCUAUGCAACAAGAGAUUUGACAGAGAAGAUCAACUGAAGAAACACUUGUUCGCUCAUCCACAAAUGUCCGUAAUUGCUUGUUCCUCGUGUGAAUACACCGCCUCUAAUGACGUCUUGUCAUAUUACGUGGGUCAAGGUCGCUUGUUUAAAUGCCAACACUGCAACAUUUUAUUUUUUGAACGGGGGAUGUAUUUUUUGCAUUCUUCUCUUCAUUCAUCACCUAAUCCAUGGCAAUGCAGUAUUUGUCAUAAGGUAUGCUCAGAUAAAAAUGAGUUCACUCUUCAUUUUGUCAACCAACAACACAAUUCAUAG